AGUGUGGUGAGGGGUGUGUGUCGAUAUUCUGAGUGUCGCCCCCCUCCCCGCCCGCUUAUCACUCCUCCAGAAAGCAUAGUGGCUAAACGCGCAAAGCGCCUUUGCUGAGCGGAGGAGAGAGAGAGAAGGGAGAGAACCCGAAGCGAACCUUUUCCGUCCGGGUUCCAGAACCCCGGGAUCGCGAGCGGAGGCGCGCGCGCUUCGGGAGGGUGCACGGACCGGGAACCUCAGCCAGCGCGAGGGAGGCAAAGCGAGACAGCGCGACGCAGGCACAGGUAGCGAUGUCGGAACAGGCGUAAUGGUUUAUCACGAAUCUAACAAAAACAGCGCCGAAAAGCUGAGAAGAAAGAAGAGAGAGCGAAUGGGCAGACGAAAGAGCGAAAGAGAGACUUGAAUAAUCUUUAAUUGGCUCCGGGUUUCAAUGUUUGACAGGCUAGAGGGGAGAAAAGGGAAGACAAUAAAAGAGAAAUCCCCCAAUUUUAUGUUCAGAAACGACACCGAAGACUACAGUUACACUGGGAACAGAAAAAGAAGAAACACUGAGCGAGGAGGAAAUGUCACUUCACAAGAAGCAGAACCACGAAAUAAUAUUUAAAUGACAAUGUGUGUAUGUGGCUGGUAAAUCAGCUUUCAUAGCAUUUAUUUUUGAGAAGGAGGAGAGAUCCGAGAGAGAGAGCUGCUGUUAACCCACAGUGCGGUCGUUCCAGUUGCAAUAGAUUCUCAAUUGGAGCGUCAGAGCUGGAAAUAGAAUGAUUGCAAACGAAAAACUGACAGGCAGGUACAGGCGCUCGCAGCAAUAAUACCCAGUGCCCUGUACUGUGCGGGAGGGACAGUCUGCGAGGCUGCAGGCACAGUGGGUUUGCAAUAAGCGGACUGAUAAAAGCAAUAAAUUCUACCAUAAAGCGAUCAUACUGCGCCGUGAGCGACGAAGCGCGUAACUUCAGGUUAUUUCGUUCCAGCUGUCGUUUUUCUUUAUCUGCUACGCUGGGUCCUGUGUGAUUCGGGGGCCGGAAAAAAAACCCAAGCGAACAAACAAUAAACCUACUGUAUCUGGAUUUAAAUAAUAAAACGAAGUUUUCGGUCUGGGGACUCACCGUGGUAGCCUAAUUGCUGAGGACUACACGGGAGUAACAAAAAUAACACUUCAUCGGAGCCUUUUGAGCGCACAAAUUCCCAACUCUGCCUGACAUUUUGCACUGUGAUGGAUUUUUUCCUUCUGUAUUUUUUUACAUUUCUCUUGCAGGGGAUACAUUAUAAAAUAAUAUGUAUGUCUCGGCGGCACUGGACCGGAGUGCGCUGAGAGGGAGAAAUAUACAGCACUAGUAUUGCUUUUGUUGAUCGCUUAUAUUAAUAUAAAUACAAUAAUAUUAGACAUAUUUAUUUUCCAAAGUAUUCUUAAUAGCCAAAUUGUUAGCUUUUUUUCCCCUCCGUGUUCGAAAAUCGGGGGGGGUCUCACAAUCUGUACACAUAUUAUUUGCACUAAUGAUGGAACCACCACCUUGCUCGAAGAAGAGCCUGUCUCUCUCGCUGCCCGUGCCCCGGGAAGGACAGGCUACUCUCAAGCCUCCUCAGCACCUAUGGAGGCAACCGCGGACUCCCAUCAAAAUAAAGCACCGCGGCUACUCGGAUACCGACCGGCACCACCACCGGCAGAUCGAGCGCUCCAAUGCCAUGGACACCAGCGACCGGCCGGGGCUCAAGAAGUCUCGGAUGUCCUGGCCCUCGUCCUUCCACGGCACGACCAGCACCUCCAGCAGCAACAGUGCCGGCAGCAAACGUUUCGAUGUGGAGAAUGGCCCAUCGCCCGGCCGGAGCCCCCUGGACUCGCAGGCGAGCCCAGGGCUGGUGCUGCACCCCUCCUUCCCCCAGAGCCAGCGGCGCGAGUCCUUCUUGUACCGCUCUGACUCCGACUAUGACAUGUCGCCCAAGACUAUGUCCCGCAACUCCUCCAUCACCAGCGAGGCGCAUGCUGAAGAUCUCAUUGUGACCCCUUUCGCUCAGGUGCUGGCAAGCCUCCGGUCUGUCAGAAGUAACUUCUCCAUCCUCGCCAAUGUCACGACCCCAACAAACAAGAGGUCGCCAGUGGGCAGCCAACCUACAGUCCCCAAGGCCACCCUUUCAGAGGAAACAUAUCAGCAACUGGCCAAAGAGACCCUGGAGGAACUGGACUGGUGCUUGGACCAGCUGGAGACCAUACAGACAUACCGGUCGGUCAGCGAGAUGGCCUCCAACAAGUUCAAAAGGAUGCUGAACCGCGAGCUAACACACCUGUCAGAGAUGAGUCGGUCGGGGAACCAGGUGUCUGAAUACAUCUCUAGUACCUUUCUAGACAAGCAGAACGAGGUGGAGAUACCAUCGCCCACGCAGAAGGAGCGGGAGAAGAAGAAGAAGCAGCCCAUGUGCCAGAUCAGCGGCGUGAAGAAGCUCAUGCACAGCUCCAGCCUCACCAACUCCAGCAUCCCGCGGUUUGGGGUCAAGACCGAGCAGGAGGACUCGCUGGCCAGGGAGCUGGAUGACUUGAACAAGUGGGGCCUUAACAUCUUCCGAGUGGCGGAGUUCUCUAACAACAGACCACUAAGCUGUAUCAUGUUUGCCAUUUUCCAGGAGCGAGACCUGAUGAAGACCUUCAAGAUCCCAGUGGACACCUUCAUCACUUACAUCAUGACACUGGAAGACCACUACCACGCUGACGUGGCCUACCACAACAGCCUACACGCUGCCGACGUCACGCAGUCCACACACGUGCUGCUUUCUACGCCCGCACUGGACGCCGUGUUCACAGAUCUGGAGAUAUUGGCAGCACUGUUUGCGGCUGCCAUUCACGAUGUGGAUCACCCUGGUGUCUCCAACCAGUUUCUAAUCAACACUAACUCGGAGCUGGCCCUGAUGUACAACGACGAGUCGGUCUUGGAGAACCACCACCUGGCUGUGGGCUUCAAGCUGCUGCAGGAGGAGAACUGUGACAUCUUCCAGAACCUGAGCAAGAGGCAGAGGCAGAGCCUGCGCAAGAUGGUCAUCGACAUGGUCCUGGCCACAGACAUGUCCAAACACAUGAGCCUGCUGGCCGACCUCAAGACCAUGGUGGAAACCAAGAAGGUGACGAGCUCGGGAGUGCUGCUGCUGGACCACUACACAGACCGGAUACAGGUGCUGAGGAACAUGGUGCACUGCGCGGACCUCAGCAACCCCACAAAGCCCCUCGAGCUGUACCGGCAGUGGACUGACCGAAUUAUGGAGGAGUUCUUCAGGCAGGGGGACAAGGAGAGGGAGAGGGGCAUGGAGAUCAGCCCCAUGUGUGACAAACACACCGCCUCCGUGGAGAAGUCCCAGGUGGGCUUCAUCGACUACAUCGUGCACCCGCUGUGGGAGACGUGGGCCGACCUGGUGCACCCCGAUGCCCAGGAGAUUCUGGACACCCUGGAGGACAACCGGGACUGGUACCAGAGCAUGAUCCCCCAGAGCCCCUCGCCGCCCCCCGACGACCCCGAGAAGGAGCCGGAUGCCUGCCUGGACAAGUUCCAGUUCGAGCUGACGCUGGAGGAGGAGGGCGAGGACCCCGAGGGGCGGAACAGCCGGGGGGCUGCUGCGGAAGAGGAGGGGUCUCCCAGCCAGAACCACCUGGGGGAGAACUGUGUGGCCGGGAGCCCCGAGGGCGAGGACGAGGACCCUGGACAGCCCGGGGAGCCGGGGGUGGUGGUGGUGGUGGUAGGGGAGAACGGACACUCAGAGGGGAGCCCGGAGGAGGAGGAGGAGGAGGAGGACGAUGAGGUGGGGGAGGAAGAGGAGCUGCCGUCCUCGCCUGCUGAGACAUGAGACACAGACCUCUGAUCACUUCCUGUCCCUCAACGCCUUCCUUUAGCUCCCCAACACUUCCCUCUCCCCCCGGGGGCGCUCAGCAGACAGAGCUGCUGGAGGCCUGGGCGGUUUGUUGGCCGGUCGGAAGAAACCGAAAUGAAAGAAGGACUCCGCUCCUGGUCCCGUUUCCUGCUGCCCCUUGUCCCAGAGCCCCAACCACGCCUCCCCCGCACCCACCUCCAGGGACCUUUGGAGAAUAAAACAAUACAGCGAACAAAUAAGAGACCUGAGAAAAAAAAAGAGACGUUUCUAAUUUAUUUUUUAAAAAAGGGAACAAAAAAUAUUUACACAGCAACUGUAGAUUUCGAAUGUUUGGUGGCGCCGCCCCUGUGGUGGGAUCGAGGACCUGCAGAGAAGAAGAAUUAGAAGAACCUUAUUUUAUGGGCCAUUUUGAGACAUUGUAGCACUCUGGACAUUUUACAUAUAUAUUAAUAUAUAUACCUAUAUAUAUUUAUAUAUAUACAUUUGGGGAAUGGGAAUGGAGCUAAGUAAGGACUGAAAAAAAGGAGAUUAUUUAUGCUUUCUUGGGGAUAAAGCCAUUUCUAACUCGAAAGGAUUUCCUUUUCAUUUUAUUUUUCUGGUUCGUUGGGAACUCCAAACAAGAGCGCAAGCCGCCCGAACCCUGUUCGCGAAAGCCUCUUCCAUUUCUGUCGGAAAAGACGCCCCUCGGCCCCCGUCCGUCUGUCCGUCCUGGUGGAUGGGCGGCGAGGGGGCGGGGCUCAGCUGGCGUGGAGUUUUGCGGACCUGCGGAUUGUUCUGAAGGACCUAGCCGGGAAAGAGUGCGUACGUACGUCACGGGGACGUGCGUCCCGAGUCGGAGGGCCCCUCCCUUUGCCCUUUUACCCUUUACGUAGAGUGCUACUUCGCUGAAUGGCCGCGUGCCUUUUUAAACCUACAGGCCCCGCGGGCUUGUAGCAACGGUCAAGCAAUGAAUCAUAGGCGGGAUUUGAUUUUCCUGUUGUUGUUUUUUUUUUUUAUUUUCAGUGUCGCCUUCUUAUUUAAAACAAAAGCUGUCAGUCUUUAUCAAUUCCCGAAGGAGUUUCUCUCUCCUAGGAAUCUUUUGACGAAAAAAAGUUUGCCACAUUUUACAGACGCCGUAGGAGACAGUGUGCAAAAACUGACCGUCUUCUUUCUAUCUCUAGAAGAUUCAACAGUAAGUCUUCCUCUGUUGGUUUUAGCCGAGUUUCUACUUUAUUUGUGUUCGGUUUUGCACAAAAUGGCAAUACUACGAAGAAAGUCGAAGUGCGCAUGAGAUGCAGUCCUGUAUUGUUUUUUUAAUUCUUAAAAAAGACCGAGACUCAAUAUAAUGUUAUUUACAUAUAUAAACUAGGGUUCUUCACCACUUUACACUGUAAAGGAAUGGUUCGUUUUAAAAAAUAAAUUCGGACUCCUUAGUGCUUAUCGGCUGCUACAACAGACUUCAGUGUGUGACUUUGCCAAAUGAAUGACAAACGUUCAGCGAACGCGAAAGGAAUUCAUGUGUACAGUAUCCACAAGCCAUCCGAGAACCCUAGUUUGUGUAUGUCAUAUAACAAGCAUUAGCAAUUAUGGAUUCUUGCCAAAUUCUGUAAUAUCAUGUCUGUCCGCUCCGUGCGCUUGAGAUGGUAAAGGGCGAGUCAAGCAGGAAAGCGCCCUCAGGUGGACCUUUCAUUGGUAAUGAGAGACUGAGGAGGACCAGCCUGCUUUGUCCAUGAAACGGCAGGUGUGGGUGGUACUUAAUCCUGCCAUUCAAGAACACAGAUGUGACUCCUGCUUUUUUCAGUACCGGCAAGACGCUGUAUUCCUGCUGCUUCUUGCUGGUAUGUAGCCUUGUUUUUUAAAAGCAAAUCACGUGAAGAUCAGUACAUUUCAUGCUCAAGGAGACUGAUUAUACAAUCUCAGCCAUAGGAAGGUAUUGAAUAAGCCCAGGAAGGGGAGGAGGUGAAGGCAAAGUCCUGUAUAACGAGGAUGGUUUCAUAGAGCGAACAGACAUGCCAUUACAAGGUCUCGGAGGGUUUCGGUUUUAUUUCUUUUGCCUUAACGUUUGUUCAGACGGGUGGUAGAUUGGGGUGCUGGGUGGAGGGGUGUCCUAUUCGCCACUGUGUCACUAUGUCAGAAUGCCAGUUGAGGCUGUGUAGGAGGGGGGAUAAACAGAUCAGUGGGGCUCCAUGAAGCACAGAGAACAGUGGAGCGAUCCUGCAGAUAGAGUGUCACCAGCGUUCCUGAGCACAGCACCCUGGGUCCACAGUCCUCUUGUCCGACGAUAUUGUGUAACGAGAUGGGCAAGGGGGGCAUGAGAAGGAAUAACAUGCCUUGGCACAUGUGGAAAAUUUCUACAACAUUUUUCAAUUUGAAGCAUCCCUAAAAGAUUCCCAUGAAUCUUACUGCAUUCUUGGUGGAGGUCUGCUGAGUCUGCAAGUCUUGCUCACGAGCUAAAGGAUUCCUUCCUUCUCGGCUACAGCCGAGCUGCUGAGAAAGACGUAGACAGAUUUUGUGGCAAAUGGGGUUUGGUCCUCCCACCUCUUCCCCCAACACACGCAGUGUUCAGCUUGGACUCUCGGUGAAAAGAGCUGAUGCCAGCAUUCAGAGCCAAACAAAAGCAGCUGCAGAACCGGUCCUGCCUGACUCUGAGCCUCAUACUUCAGGAGCAGCUGCACUUCAGCUUCUCCGCCUUGGCACUCGCGGUCUUCAAGCCUCUCAAAUUGUGUUUGAUUGGAAAUUGUUUUCUAGUCCACACCUAUUUUUCGGCUGUACUAGAUUUACACAUUCCAUCACUUUGACCGUCAAAAAAAUAAUAAUCAGAUUUUACCCUCCUUCACAGUAUCUUGUAGAUUUUAAAACGGGGGUUUCAAGCCCUGGUCCUGUUAGACUAACAGGUCACCUGUUAACAAAGAUUGGCAAUACCUGUAAGCUUCUGUUGAAUCAAGCAGGUGAUCUGAUACGUUAUGUAAGCUCUGGUACUUGAGCGCUAAAGAGAUUUUGAAGUGAUUGAAGAAAUUGCCUCCAAAUUGCUUAAUUUAACAAAUCACACGAUGAAUUAAAACAAAAGAAUUGUUCUAUACAAAUUUGUUCAAAUUUGCUGGACUGGGGCUCUCCAGGACCAGGGCUGCAGAUUGUCAUUGCCAGACAGGACAGCUGUUGGAUUUUCCUCUUCUAGGUAGGGCUGUGACUGUACCUUGAGGUGCAGAAGGCCAGGCUAACACAGGGCCUUUAGUAUAUGCUGUUUGCUAUGAAGUAUUCCCCAUGGCUCAGACUCUUCUUUUCCUGGAGGUCCAGGGAUGUGCUUUGGUUUCAGUCAUGGACAAACUGUAUUUGCCUUAAUGUUUCCAGGGAAUGGUUGUCUGCUUUUUUUCAUUUGUUUUUCUGCCUGAAUGGUGCAGGGUGAGCUGUUGGCCGAGAAUGUUUUGGAAGUUCACUUCACAAAACCGCAUUGUUUUAAUGCAGUUUUAUCCUGCUCCGCCCUUGUGUGCUGAACGGUGCAUUUCAGGCGGUCACUGCGGGGGUGGGUGUAAGACGCAAGCGGUACAGGCUGUCGCUCAUGGCUGACACUGACACAGACCUCCACAUUGUGCGCUCAGAGUUGUGGACAGUGUCUGUGGUGUUUCUUUGUUGCCUUUUGUUGCUGUUGCUUUAUUGUGAGCACUCUUGCAGUGUUUUUAAGUUUCUGGUGUGCGCAUGUCUCAAAACCUCACUCCCUAGUUUGAUGGGAACACCACAACCACACAGCUUCACUGGUUACAAAGCCACCAAAGCACAUAUUUCCCAUUUAGCAAUUUAUACUAUAUAAAGAGUGCAAAACGUCACAAGUUUAGAUGGAGGGUUCUGGUGUGAUGUGGUCCUGGAGUUUUCUAAUAAGGUCUGAAGUUGGCGAAGGUUGGGGAGAGGGGGAACCACCUACUCUUCUCUUUCACAAUUUGGAGAGACACCAGGAUGAUUCCCUGGAUUGCUGGCCAUCUCCGUGACAACACAGAUUAGCUCCAUGCAAUACUUUGUGAAUGCUGAAGGCUGUGGUUUGAAGAAAAUGAAUGGGCCUUGUGCUGCCCUGCCAUACUAAAUUGAGCAGUCUUGGCUUAGAGAUUGUCUAUAUCUGAUACAAACACGGUGGCAUUGAGAGCUCAGCCUGCUGCAGCAGUUGUACGGGGCCUGGAGAGUAUGCAGAACCUUCUGCACAAGGCUGGUGUUCAUCUGUUCUGAAUACAGCAGUACAGCUGGCACAGUUUUUCAUCCCAAGGGUAUGUUGGCAUUCUUUUUUAGCCUAGACUGCCUGUGCCACACUCUGCAGUUUCACUUAGUACCGUCGUAUAUUGGAGAAGAUUUUGAGAUUUGCGUUCACUUUUCUGUUUCCUGGUGGUGUUCCUUAUUUUAUUUUGUUUUAUGUGGUGAGUUAAUGAAAACAAAUACAAAUUGCCAUUUUAACACAAUACUGUAGCAAUUGUUUCUUAUGAAAUUAUUUAAUUGCUGCCAUCCUUUUUCUCAAUGAUAAAGAAUAUGCCUCCAGUGUUUUCUCUGAAUGGUUCGUGUACAGUUUUUAUUUUUGUAUGAUUCUGUUUGAUGGGUUUGAAUUUAUUAUUGUUUGUUCUGUACAUAUUGUAAUGUUGGAUUGUAAAAUAUGGAUUAUAUAAACAAGAAGAGCGUCACAUUCUUUUUUUGGGGGGUGUCGGUGCGAUCAAAUUAAUGUUUAUGGUCAGAUUUUUUAAAUCUCUGCAAUCGUUCUUGGUUCUACCCUCCCCCCGUCUCGCUCUUUACCUCUGCUUCCUCUCGCUCUCCUCCCCAGUCUCUCGCUAUGUAAAUUUACAUUAUAUGCGAAGAAAUAGAUUUGACACUGUAGAAUUAAGAAUAAGAAAUAUCAAGUUGUGUGUCCUCCUUGCACUCUUCUCAUAGUUCAUGUCCUCGGGCUUUUACCUCAUUGUGUCACACCAAACCAGUGGGACAGCUGUAUUCAUCAGUUUGUGGUCUGUGGUGAGAGAGGACAGUGCUAAAAGCCACUCCAGGGAGUGAUGCCCCAUCAAGAGCCUUGCUUUCAAAGUAGGCAGAUUUUGGUGUUAUUGAUGCAGAUGUUUUUGGGAGAAAGUAAGUGCUGGCACAGUUUGAGCUACAUAUAUAUUUAAUCCUUAAAAGUCACGAGGAGUGUUUAACCAAAGACUGAUUUGAUUACUGUGGUAACAGUUACAGGUUCCUAACAUUUUCGAAAGUGUGUAUAUGCACGCAUGUGUGUAUAAGUAGAAGUGUUUUAGUUAAGGCCCAGAUCUUGAAAAUCUUCAGUCAUGGUUAGGGCCCUUAGGGUCUGAGCAUGUGGAGAAUUCUACCGAAGGCAGGCAGCCUGAGUCUUGAGAAGAUGGAGCUCUCCGUCCUCAAAGGCAAACCGAGAGAUUGGUGAUGUGUUUAAACUGACAAAUGUUUUCGGAGUUUUAAACACUGCCUGCAUCACAUCAUGAGCUCAACAAAUAAAUCAAAAGCUGAAUCUUAUGAUGAAUAUUAAAUUCCAAGAGGGAUUUGGAUGGUUCAAAUUUGUUUCCAAACUGGGUGAAGUCAUAGAUCGCUCCUAGAGACCCCGACGCCCCUUGUUGAAGCUGUUAUGCACAGUUUAGUAAAGUGAUCUGGCAUCUUUAGUUGCAGGAUAUUGAUGUCAUGGCUUCUUUUAAAGCAAAAAUGCGAGAGCCCUGCACUUUUACUGAAAAGGUAAGGAUCACAGACCUGAGUGUCCUUCCUGGUUUGGUUUUGAAGAAUCCCUUCAGAGCCUUAAGCCCGUUUGCUGCACAGUGCUGUGUUGCCCAUGGUUUGUGUGUCUUGUGAAGGGUUGGGUUUCCUCCAAGGGGAAAAAAGACAUGCACUUUAUAUAUUAAACAACCAUAGCUCUUUUGAAGACAUUUUUGUAAAAUUUAAGAAAUAUCCAAAGUGAGAAAUUAGCAGAGACUGAGGGCAGCUAAGAAAUUAGAAUAGGUUUCUUCUAAUUGACAUUUAAGAGUUAC